AUGAGGCCAUUGGUCAGCGGGGCCAGAGUGAGUGGGCAGAGGUGGGGCGGCGCCGAGGCGGGCAGGUGCCCAGCGCUGCCCCGGCGGCCGGAGGCCCGAGCCGGGAAGGGCAGCUGCCUGCGCCUCGGAUCCCAGCUUGCCUGCAGCCGCUCAAGGCCCCCGGACCUGGACACAGCACGCCCCGCUUUGCGCCUCGCUCAGCAUCCUCCGGGGUCCAGGUUUAAGCCACAGGCGGGAUGGGCGCGGGGCGUCUUAUCGUUGGCCCAGAUGGCCAGGAGACGAGCCGGGAGCCCCCCUGCCCCCGAGGAAGCCCCGAAGUCCGCCUCGCGUCACGGCUCAGCCCCUCCCCCGCCGGCGGCCCUGGCCCUCCCGCCUGCCGCCACCCAGCGGCAGAGCCACGUUCUCUGGCGCCGAGGCGCGGAGUCGGCACGGCUGCGCCUUUCGAGGGCGUCAGGGAGAGGUCACUCCUUCCCCCAACCUGUUGCCCCGGCGCGAGUCGAGGUGCCGUGGGCCGUGCCCGGAGGGCGGCCGAGGGUGGAGCUCUUCAGGGUUCCCCGGCCACUGGCUCCUCCUCACUCCUGCCUUGUGGUGAACAAGACCCCCGGGCCCCGGAGGGUCAUCGGCCACCCAGAUGGCGACAGCUGUCCCCUUAACUUGAUGUCAGCUGUGCCCCCCAUCUCGCCAUCCACCAGGGGCCACUCGCCUGUUUCGGCAGCUCCCCUCUAA